AGCACGGUGGGAGGGUGCAGGGCAAAGCUGGCAGGAAGGAAACAGGCGGAUAAUGUGACCCUGCUGACCUCAGUAACCCCCUCCGCUUUUCCUUCCUCACCUGCGCGAGGAACAGGGCAGAAAAAACGCGGGCAGCCAUGAGCAGCGCGACGCACCUCCAGGCCUCCAUCGGCCACCAGAUAAUGGCCCUGCAGACCCUGCGGGUCUUGCUGCAGCAGAGGGACAGAAACGAAGGCCAGCCCUCCCCCCAGCACGUGUCCGCAGCCCCCGGGCAGCCAGGCCCGGGAGAGGACGGAGAGAAGGCCGAGGGCCCAGCCGAGGCGAAGACGGGAGAUGAGGGGGGCGCCGCCUCCGAGCCCCGGGGCCACGGCCAGUGCGAGCUGGCCCGCGUGGCCGUGCGCACCGUCCUGGCCCGCGUAGUCGAGACCACAUCGCAGCUUAUCCAGGUGGAGCAGACGAUCCUGAACCCCCUGCAUCAAGAGGUGGACUUCCCCGUCUACUUGAAAGAUAGUAUUGAGUUCAGAAACAUCUGCAGUCAUAUGGCCCAGCAGCCAGAGGGACCGUAUUUUGACCGAGACCUGAAUACAGCCUACAAGUGCCUGAAGACCAUCAUCAAGAAGCUGAUCCGUUCAAUGUUGAGCCUCCCAGCUGAUAUCCGUGAUUUGGCCUGUGUUGCUCUGAGGCAGGUUCUCCAGAAUCUUCUGGAUCUGUGAAUGUUACUGAUGUGUGAAUUGAAGCCAGUCAGGCUGUAAGCUUUAGCCAAGGAGUUAUUGUAUAUAGGCCUUAAAAGCAAAAUGAGCCUUUGAGCCUCAGGCAAAAUUGAGGGUUGUCUUCCAGACCCCUUAGAAUUCUUUUCACAUUUAUAACAAUCAGUAACAGGUAGCUGGAAUUUUCAGGGAUUUUUGUCAUUUUUUCUGACUUGUUGUGGAUGGGAAUAUCAUUUGCUUUGGUUACAUAAUUGGAUUAAGUGCAUUAAUUUCCCCAUCAGAUAUUCCUUUCGACCUGUUACAUAUUUUUUUUCCAUAGAGGCCUAGUUGUUAGUGCUAGUUUGUGGCUGAAGCUCUAUGAUUAAUAAAAGUCUGAGCCAUAAAUGUGAUAUUUGAUAACUGAUAUAUGUUCUUUGUUGCUGUGUAUAAAAGAGAAAGUGUUCAUUUAUUUCAUUUCCUAGUAAAAUUUCUCUAGAAAUUUGAAGACUCUGUGUUAAUACUUCAACUCUUGUUUCUGGUGUAGUGAAUUUACUGUUUCACAGUUACUAAAUGGCUUUCAAGUUUUCUGUCUUCAGUACCUUGGUUUGGAAAUUGGAAGUGAUGAUAAUCCCAUUUAAGGUACUUGGAAUAAA